CCACCCUCUCUAAGACCCGCCUCUUCCGCUCCCACAGACGGGGACCAAUCAGCGGCUCCGGUGGGCAUCGCUGGGACGUCACGUCAGCCUGCCGUCGUGUCGGGAUUGGAAUGUUACCGACUAACAAUCGGGACGGCUGAGCACUCGGUAAUUGGACACUAAGAUCAAGGAAUCCCGUCUUUUUUGGGAACAUUUUUUCUCACAGCCAUCUACCCGGUUUGUGAGCUUAAAGCAGCGGCUGUGCAACCUCGUGUCGACCGGAGAACUUCGCCUCUAGCUGCGUGUCUCCUCCUCCUCCACCUCCUCCUCCACCACCGAUGAAGAGGAGGUGUUGUGUUUUAUAUGAGGGUAGUAUGUUGGUGUUGGGAUAAUAACUGAGAAAUGCAGGGCUUCGUCAGGUUACAGUUGAGCUGAGCUACCGCUGCGACGCUUCUUCUCUCCUCCACCUCCUCCUCCUCCUCACCGGUCAUUCGCUUCUCUUCACGCGGGACUAUGGAGUGAGACAAGCGGGGGGGAAUAAGAACGCGCUCACCCGCCGGAGGAGGAGGCUUCUUGGAUUUGGAGCUACACCGAGUUUAAACAUCCAUAUCGGGGUAUACCUUUCCGUGUGGGAGAGCCUCGGGGACCCGUUGUUCACCCCCCGGAGGAGAGAGCGUUUCCUAGGACAGUUUUCCAUCAGAAUAAGCCUCCUCACAGCGCGGCUGAAUGAGGGCGCGGAGCACCACCGCCGGGUGAAGAGAGAGAACCGCCGCCGCUGCAUGUGAUUGUUUGUCCGGGGCUUUUUUUUCUUCCAGCCUCCCGCUGCUGCUGCUGGUGCUGCUGCUGCUGUGUGAGAUUAUGGUGAAACUCUACCGAAGAACAGGACAACACUUUUAAAACAAAAUCGCCCACAUGCACUGGAUCAAUCGCUGCUGGAUUUGGGAACCGAUUACGCAGAAGAAGAGGCUUGGCUGCCGGGGAUCCGUGGAGGCUGCAGCCGGAGGAUGGAGCGGUGCAGCCGGGGUUGGUGAGAGCCUAACUUCGGGCCACUUUACAUUUCUUAUUCCUAAUAAUAAAGCAGCAGUUCCCAGCAGCAGGACACAUGCAGGCCAAAAAACGCUACCUGAUCCUGCUCUCCGCCGGUGCGUGUCUGGUGCUUCUCUUCUACCUCGGAGGGGUUGAACUUCCAGCGGUGAGCCGGAGGAGGAGCAGCCGGAGCCGGCAUGACCGCAGCAGGAACAACGGGUACCGGCCGGACCAGCCGUGGCCUCACUUCUCGGACCCGUUACACCUCUUCCUGCCGUGGGAUCAGCCGGACACGGAGGAGUACAACGUGCACAUCUCUCCGCGGCAGAAGAGGGACGUGAACACGAGCGUUUACCGAGGAAAGAGGUGCCGCAUGGACUCCUGCUUCGACUUCUCCCGGUGUCUGAAGGAGAAGAAGAACGGAUUCAAAGUUUACGUCUACCCGCAGCAGAAAGGAGAGAAGAUCUCAGAGAGCUAUCAGAAUAUUAUAGCCACCAUCGAGGCGUCCAGGUUUUACGCACAGGACCCAGGACAAGCGUGCCUCUUCAUCCUGAGUUUGGACACCUUGGAUCGAGACCAGCUGUCCCCGCAGUACGUCCACAACCUGAAGACCAAGGUGCAGAACUUGCCCCUGUGGAAUGAUGGUAGGAACCACCUCAUAUUUAACUUGUACUCGGGGACUUGGCCGGACUACACGGAAGAUUUGGGUUUCGACAUCGGACAAGCCAUGUUGGCUAAGGCCAGCAUCAGCACCGAGAACUUCAGGCCCAGCUUCGACGUGUCCAUCCCGCUGUUCUCCAAGGAGCACCCGAGGACCGGAGGAGAGAGGGGCUUCCUCAAGUACAACUCCAUCCCGCCCUUUCGAAAGUACAUGCUGGUGUUCAAGGGCAAGCGGUACCUGACUGGGAUCGGAUCGGACACCAGGAAUGCCUUACACCACGUGCACAACGCGGAGGACGUGGUGCUGCUCACCACCUGCAAGCACGGAAAGGACUGGCAGAAGCACAAGGACGCACGAUGUGACAAGGACAACGCGGAGUAUGACAAGUACGACUACAAGGAGAUGCUCCACAACUCCACCUUCUGCUUGGUGCCCCGCGGCAGACGCCUGGGCUCCUUUCGCUUCCUCGAGGCGCUGCAGGCUGCAUGUGUGCCGGUGAUGCUGAGUAACGGUUGGGAGCUGCCUUUCUCCGAAAUCAUCGACUGGAACACAGCCGCGGUGAUCGGCGACGAGAGGCUCCUGCUGCAGAUCCCGACCACGGUGCGCUCCAUCCACCAGGAUAAGAUCCUGUCCCUCAGACAGCAGACUCAGUUCCUCUGGGAGGCCUACUUCUCCUCGGUGGAAAAGAUAGUGCUGACCACGCUGGAGAUCAUCCAGGACCGCGUGUUGGAGCACGGCUCCAGGAGCAGCCUGAUGUGGAACAGCCACCCUGGGGGACUCUUCGCCCUGCCGCAGUACUCUGGAUACCUGGGAGACUUCCCCUUCUACUACGCCACACUGGGUAUUAAACCGUACCCCAAGUUCACAGCGGUCAUCCACGCCGUCUCUCCUCUGGUGUCCCAGUCCCAGCCCAUACUCAAGCUCCUGGUAGCUGUUGCCAAGUCCCAGUACUGUUCACAGAUCAUUGUCCUGUGGAACUGUGACAAGCCUCUCCCGGCCAAACACCGCUGGCCCGCCACCUCAGUGCCCGUCAUCGUCAUCGAGGGAGAGAACAAGGUGAUGAGCAGUCGUUUCUUGCCCUACGAGACCAUAGUGACCGAUGCUGUCCUCAGCCUGGAUGAAGACACAGUGUUGUCCACCACAGAGGUGGACUUUGCCUUCACGGUCUGGCAGAGUUUUCCAGAGCGAAUCGUAGGUUACCCCGCUCGCAGCCACUUCUGGGACAGCAACAAGGAGCGUUGGGGCUACACGUCCAAAUGGACCAACGAUUACUCAAUGGUGCUGACCGGGGCUGCCAUCUACCACAGGUACUACCAUUACCUGUACACCAACUACUUACCCACAAGUCUGAAGGGCAUGGUGGACCAGCUGGCCAACUGUGAGGACAUCCUGAUGAACUUCCUGGUCUCUGCUGUCACCAAGCUGCCGCCCAUCAAGGUCACACAGAAGAAACAGUACAAGGAGACAAUGAUGGGACAGUCUUCGAGGGCUUCUCGCUGGGCCGAUCCGGACCACUUUGCCCAGCGGCAAACCUGCAUGAACAAGUUCGCCAGCUGGUUUGGCGCCAUGCCGCUGGUCCACUCCCAGAUGAGACUGGACCCCGUCCUGUUCAAGGACCAGGUCUCCAUCCUCCGCAAGAAAUACAGGGACAUCGAGCGGCUCUGACAGGACCGGCGCCCCCUCGGGGGAGACCCCACCCAGGGGGAGGCGCGCGAGAGAGACUCUGUGGAGAGUAGAAGGAGCAGUAAGACUACAGCAGCAUGGACAGCGAGCGACACAGCUCUGUCUUCCACUCAGCACAUUGCCAAUGACCACAGCGCCGCUGCUGCUGCCAGGACUUGACGCGGUAAGGGAUGAAUUGGAAACAAGCAGAUGGCGUUUGGAUGUGAAAAACGCAAACAAAAACCGCAAACACAGACAGACAAAGAGGAGUACACAAACUGAUGGACAUGCCAAACAGUACUGUAUGUUUUGCAUAUGUGCAAACACGCAGCGCACACUACUGACGACGAGAACUCUUGGAUAGAAUAUUUUUUUGUACAACACGAACAAGGACGACAUUGACUUUUCCUGCUCUCUCGACACAUGUGCAGGACGGUAGAAGAGGGAAGGUGUCCACGAUCGCAACCCCGCCCACCGUAAAUCCUACUGGUCGCCCCUAGCAACCCUCCCCGGUCUGCAUCAGGACGUAAUACUGGACUACCAAAACCCCUGCUCUAUAGCCUGGGAAACCCUGUUCUUUAGUUGAUUUGAUUUCUGUACAAAUCAGCUCUCUGUUGACCCCGUUCUCCUCUCUGAGAGGUUUGAAAUCAGAGCGUCAUCAGUUUAAUAUUUCCGUUCGCGAGGCAGAAAAGGUAAACAGCAGUGUCCAACCUGUUAUUACAGAGGCCUGACCAUGUUUUUAUAGCAAAGCAGCCAUUAUUUCUCGAAAUUCUCGGCUAUUGACGCACAUCCUUGAGCCCGAAAACAUCCCGUCUGUCUUAUCCUUGGCUCAUUCCUUGACGUGCUGAUAUGCUUUUAUAAUGGUCUAUCUGCGUCCCUGUCAUCACUAAGAUAAGUUAGAAAAACAUCUCGUCUCAUAUCCCAUUUUCCUUUCAUACUCGCCACGGCAUCUUUUUUUUUUUUUUUUUUCACUUCCUUUCAUCAUCAUUUAUUUCUCCCUUCAAACUCUCUGCACUUUCACUCUUCUCUCUGUGUGUUUAUGUGUGCAUGUGUGCGUACAGAGCCUUGAAAAGUUGGCUCAUCCAACCAUAAGCUCAAGCGGAGUACAUUUUCCCCCCGUUGGAAUGAGCGAAAUGAACAUUUCUGGAUGAAAUGGAGCAGAACGUUGCAUUCUAACCCAAACUCGCUUCGCCCAUUUAUUUCUUCCUGCACAGCCUCGGAGCUCUAUCCUAACAGGGAGGAGCGGAAUAAAAUUUAAAGACCAUAGCAGGUCUUUAGCGACCAGCGUCCGGCGUCAUUUCACAGGAGUGCUUGUAGAGAGAUUUUUAACGCUGAGCGCAUCAGUGCCAUUCUGACAUCAGGGUCUGCCUUUAGAGUUGUUUAUUGCACAUCACGUUGCCUACAUGUUUGAGAUGCCUAGAUGCUCUCAGGUUGAAAUAUUCUAUCAGUCUAACGCGGCUCUCCUGCCACCAUCCCCCCCCCGUGACAUAUUGGAGCCAUUAAAUUGACAAAAGGUUUUCUCCUCCAUUUGUCAGGCAGAGAUAUGUUUGGGCUUCAAUUAGGUAAACCUAUUUCAUUUGGAGUGCUGUUUUAUUCCCAGGGGACAAGCUGUUGAUGAAACACUUGAACAUUAUGGGCCAUUAUGUUGCGGAAGCAACGACCCACAAACAUGACCUUCUGGCUUAUGCUAGCCCUGGGAGGACAGCUUUUUUUUUUUUCCCUCCCUCGCGCACACCCUCCCCUGAGUUUCCAUUACUUAAAACAGCUGCUCGCAUCGCCAUCGUAUCAACAUUAAACCGCCUGACACUUUGCACCUUAAAUUACCUUAUUGGUAGGGAUGUUAAUAAUUAACCGUUAACCGGCAUUAAGAAUUUUGACUGAUUAAUGCAGUCGAACGGUUAAGAGAAAUAUU